AUGCUGCUCUCCGUCCCGCCAAGGGCAGGAAUCAACCCGUACAGUGGCUUUAACAGCAGAAACAACAAAAAGGUAAAAGCCUAUGUGUCCUCGGGUCAUCAGAUGGCUCCCCCCAGUCCCAAUAACAACAGUAACAGCAACAACAGCGGAGGAGGUGGAGAACAGCUAAGUAAAACCAACCUGUAUAUCCGCGGCCUUCAUCCAGGAACCACGGACCAAGACUUGGUCAAGCUCUGCCAGCCGUAUGGCAAGAUUGUGUCUACCAAAGCCAUCUUGGAUAAAACCACCAACAAAUGUAAAGGCUAUGGCUUUGUGGACUUUGACAGUCCGGCAGCAGCUCAGAAAGCUGUUACGGAUCUAAAAUCAAGUGGCGUCCAGGCACAGAUGGCCAAACAACAAGAGCAGGACCCCACCAACCUUUACAUCUCCAACCUGCCAGUGUCCAUGGAUGAGCAAGAGCUAGAGAGCAUGCUCAAGUCAUUCGGCCAGGUCAUUUCUACGCGCAUUCUGCGAGAUGCCAACGGGACCAGCCGUGGUGUGGGAUUUGCCAGGAUGGAGUCCACCGAGAAAUGCGAGGCCAUAAUUCAGCAUUUCAAUGGCAAAUUCAUCAAGACUCCACCCGGAGUUCCGGUGCCCACAGAGCCCUUAUUAUGUAAGUUUGCAGAUGGGGGUCAGAAAAAGAGGCAGAACCAGGGAAAGUACCUCCCCAACGGAAGGCCCUGGGCCAGAGACGGCGAGACCGGAGGAAUGACGCUUGCAUAUGACCCCACAGCAUUACAAAAUGGCUUCUACUCGUCGCCAUACAGUCUGGCUCCUAACCGGAUGAUCGCCCAGACAUCCCUCUCACCUUACAUGCAUUCUCCUGUCUCAUCCUACCAGGUGCACAGCCCGUCCUGGAUGCACCAUCAGUCAUACCUCAUGCAGCCAGCUGGUACAGUUCUUACCCCAGCAAUGGAUCACACUAUGUCCAUCCAGCCCACGUCCAUGAUGGGACCUCUCGCCCAGCAGCUAAGCCACCUGUCCCUGGGUAGCACGGGCACUUAUAUUCCGGCCAACACAACUAUGCAGGGGACCUACAUCCCCCAGUACACCCCAGUGCCUCCCUCCAGUGUCCCAGUAGAGGAGAAUGGUGGCCAACAGCAACAGGUUGCUCUGGAGACUCCCACAGAACACACAAACUACUCGUACCAACACACAAAGUGA